GAAGUCCAUCUGAAACAUUUGAAACAUGACAGACAACGAUCGAGCGCGCGAGUCCGGGCGUCGUAACCGGCCAAACCCCAACCACUAUAGCAGGAACGCCCGUCCCCGUCGGCAUGAACGUCGAGUUCCUAGUACCGUUCUAGAAGGCGAGGCUGGGGGUUUCGAAUACUAUAACGCCCAUUCCACAACUUCGUACGAUACUGGCGACGCCGACACAGUAGACACACAGGGUGACACGAAUAUGACGAACUCUCCAACAUACAAUCCCGACCCUUGUCCCGAUACACAUCCCUCCCUCGAUCCAUCAGCUCCACUGUCAGAUGUCCCACAAGGGAGUAGCGACGCCUAUAGUACAGCGCAUAAUGCAACUCUUGGCGACUAUGGUAGAGAUGUUCCAUCCGAUCCGAGUUUCCAAACCUCGUUAUCAUACCCUGCCAUGACUGCUUUAAGCCUUGUCGCUACUUCAUCCCCCGCCUAUACUCCUUCAACCGCAACUAUGCAGCGUAGCGACAUGACUCCGUAUGCCCAACUAGCAUAUUAUACCCAUCACGAUGAUGGAAGCCAAGUCGCCUACGAUGCACCAACAAUGUCGUCUCCAUCAAGUAUGGGAGCGUUAGAUAAUGAGAACAACAUACAAGUAGUAGGCCAUGGGUUUCAGGGCCAAGUCGGAUAUCAGUCAGCGGCGGGUAACGACCAACGAUAUGGAAGACGAUGGUCGACCCAUAAUAAUACAGGUUCCGCCGUGUAAGUUGGAUCGUACUUUGACAUGAAUAUUGACUGACCUCUCAAAGCAACUUGGUCGACGCGACAAUUCAAGGGAAUACACCACCACAAGACAGUGACGGCCAGACUCCUCCUCGCAACGAGGAAUUUAGGGAGAGAAGCAUUGAAGACUACAUGGAACGUGAACACCCAUGGAGCGUUUUAGACUUCCAUUCACGAAACGAUUCUACCAACAAUUUCUUUCCGUGAACGGCGAUAAUGAUAGGCUGCUAAAAGCUGGAAUAGUAUGACGGGUAUACUAGUCUGGUAUAAUAUCGUCAUUCUCGAAGGGGGACGUUGCUUUAACUAGUAGGCUUGGUGGCGUUGCAGUUUAGUUAAACCAGUUGGGCUUCCUAGACAGGAUAUGACUUGUAAUAGAGGAGAGCCGUUAUUAGAUUCGUUCAGUAGACAUUUUCAACAAGCAAA